UAUGAUUUUACGAUAGCAGCUUCAGAGUACACUUUCCUAGUCCAUAAUGAUUUUUGUAAAGAUUUUAUUUUGUCUGCUCUAUUGCAGCUUAAGUUUUAAAACAGCAAGAGGUCAAAGCAACACAGCAAAAAAUACUCCCGAUACUUCGACAUCAAGCAAGUGCCACAACGUUCACUUCAACAACUAUUAUUCUGGACCAGCAAAUAAGGACAUCAAGGCACAUCUUCUCAAAAUAGAGAAUCAACUGGCCGAAUUAGAGAAGAAAAUCGACGCUUUGACGGGAAACAAAACAACUCUGCCAGCUAUGAAAAACUGUGCUGAGCUGUAUAAAUCCGGCCAAAGAAUCACAGGAGUUUACACAAUCGACCCCGAUGGUUUAGGUGCGUUUGAGGUGUUUUGCGACCAAAAAUCUUCUAGUGGGGGCUGGACAGUAUUCCAGAAGAGACUUGAUGGCUCCGUUGAUUUCGUCAAUCGCGCCUGGGCGGAUUACAAACGUGGAUUCGGAAACUUAAAUGGUGAGUUUUGGCUCGGACUGGACAAGAUAUACCGCCUGACCAAAACAAAGAGUAGACUGCGAGUGGAACUUGAAGACACACAAGGAAAGACAGCUUACGCUGAAUAUGAUAUGUUCUCUGUUUCCAGCGAAAGAAAUAAAUACAGACUUGGCCUUGGGA